AAACAACAGAAAGCUGGUUUCCAGUUUGUACAGUGAAAAUAGUUUUCAGGAGGGAACCACCUCUGAAAGGGGCAGACAGGAAGAGAGGGGGCACUACAGUAACAGAUGGACUUAAGAGGGAUUACAUGAUUCAGGAUGGGUAUUUGACACAAAUUCCCAAGAAAGACAGAAAAGAGAGUAGAUUGGCGUGGAGGCAGACUCUCCGUCACGCCAUCACUUCACAUCUCCAUCCAUCUAUUGGCCAGGAGGAUUACAGGGUCGAGCGCAGCAGAGAAGGUGCAGUUCAGCAUGCUGGAGGGAAACCUGUGAAAUACAGAGGACAUCCAUGACCAGAGGAGAGGAACGGUCAAUUCAAGAUGGAGCAAGUACUCUCAAACUCUUAAGGAGCUUUUUGAUUAAAAGCUCUGCUACCAAACGGAGGAUUGGUGCUCACAGGGCUGCAGGAAGUGAUGGAUAAAAGUGUAGAUGCUUCAUUAUGGUAGGGGCACAGGGCUGACAAGGGGGUGCAUGGCCGCGCUGUAUUUCACACUAAAGUACAACUAAUACACGCACACAGAGAUUAAAGUAGAUUUUCAGGGAUUAUCAGUUAAACACUUUUUUCCCCUCUUUUGCUUUGGAUUGUGGCUCAUCCAUAAUGUCAAAAACUGCAGAGCAUCUCACGCUGCCUCCUCUCAUCUCUAACCUCCUGUCACAUUUAUCAGAGUCAUUUUUCUCAGAUGUUUCAUUACUUCUCUGCAUUUAAAGCUGGAAGCUCAGCAGCUCUUCAAACCGCACCAAAGACGGCUCCCCAUCCCGUUUGUCUGGUCCACGUGCCCUCUGUCCCAUCUGUUCUCUGUUAGUCCAUCUCACUCCCUCCUCUUCCUCCGCCUGGCCAUGCUGGAGCACAUGUCCCGCCGCUCGCGCUCCCUGCUCUCCCUGUCUCUGACCACACUGGCCCUGGCGCUCUCCAUCCUGGCUCUGUCCACCUCCUACUGGUGUGAAGGAACGCACAAGGUGGUCAAGCCGCUCUGCCUCUCGCCUGUCAAAAUGAAGAACUGUGGUCAGAACAACAGCGAGCCUUACACCACAGAGAGUCCGACUCAGAACCCCUUCAACCAAACACUGUCUCCAGCCAGAAGAGAUGAACUGGCCAAAAUCCGGCAAAGGCAGCUAGCUAAUGCGGUUCACUACAUCUGGGAGACAGGAGAAGACAAGUUUGCCUUCAGAUACUUCCACACGGGCUUCUGGGAAAGCUGUGAGAAACAGAAUGAUGGAGAAGUAUGUCGCAGCUUUAUAGACCUAACUCCAGGGGAAACACAAGGUGUGCUCUGGCUGUCGGUUGUGUCCGAGUUUACAUACAUCGGAUUGCUGGGGAUGGGCUUCCUGCUGAUGUGGCUGGAGUUCCUCUGCUCCCACAAAGAAAUGCAUGCUCUAAAAAUCAAUGCCUAUGCAGCUAUUUGUACUGUGCUCUCAGGUCUUCUUGGGAUGGUAGCACAUAUGAUGUUCACCACAGUGUUUCAGAUGACAGUCAUCGUGGGGCCUAAAGACUGGAGGCCUCAGUCCUGGGACUAUGGGUGGUCGUUUGCCCUUGCCUGGGUCUCCUUCAGCUGCUGCAUGGGGGCAGCUGUGGUCACUCUCAACUCCUACACCAAAACCAUCAUCGAGCUUCGCCGCAGACAGAGACUCCGCUUGGAUGAGACGAGAGCUCCCAACAACGCACCGGCCUACGAGGAGGUGGUGCCAGGGGGCGGGCUCUACUCCGUCAGCGGCUUGCUGCACUGCUCUGACGGCGUGAUUGACGUGGCGUGGACGCCGAACGGGGACAUUGCCAGAGUGGAAAACGGGGACGUACCAACGCUGGUUUUAGUGGGGGGCUGCGGACCAGAGGGAUGUGAGGACUGUGAGAGGGAGAGGGAUGGAAUAGGGGAGGCCAUCGAGCGAUACGAUUCACCUUGUUAAGAGGAUCGACUACUGACUCAAAAGAACUUUACGCUGGAAGAAGUUGAGAUUUUGGGAUACUGUGGUUGAAAGCUGGUUUUAUUAACACAUAUCAAAAAAAGUUGAGACUGCAAUGUAUGCAUAGAUCAUGCUCACAUGCAUUUGCGCAUGCGUAUUUUCCUGUGCCUCAUGGUAUAAAGGCUAUUAUAUUGCUCUAAAUAUACAUGUAUUUGUCAUAUAAAAUGACCCACUUCUGUCAUGGAUUCAGAUACUUUCUUUAAAGAUGAUUAGCAUCCAUGUUCCUUUUAAAUAAAGUUAGCGAUGGAUGCUUGAUUUUGAUGCGGCACAUGCAUACCAGCAGUUUCUCUGCAGAGAAACACAGACAAACCCAUAGAGAUAAAAAGAUUACAGAGAUUUUGGAAAGUCUGCUCUCUCAUGUUGAACAGAAGAUUAUGUGUGAACCAGUAAUCCCGAGUUGGAUGGAAGGAGGGGAGGCAAAGGGAGGAGAGAUGUGAAGGGGUGGGGAGCAGAGGGGUGAGCGGGUCAGAACAAAAGUUGGUAAAGGGAAGAGAUCCAUGCAUGACAACAGGGCAUGCAACACCGAAACCAUCAAGGAAUCAGACAUAUACAUGUGAUUUCAAUGUAUGCGGAUAACUAUGUCUAGAUUUACCUUUAAUAUUUGUAGUUUACACUUUUGAGAUAAUCCUGGAUUUACUGUCAGGGAUUAAUACAAUUGAAAACUUAAAACCUAAAGCACCAUUUUUGUCAUCCACGAGCAUUAAAGCAUGAAGUAUGUUUCUGGGUCAAAGAUUACUUUGCAAAGAAAAUAAAUAAGUUGAUUUCCAAACAA